AUGAGUACACCACUUAAAGUUAGAGAUAACAAGAUGUCUACUGGUGGAACUCCAUCAAAGACAAAGAGUGGAGCUAGUGGUACAACACCAUUAAAGAGUAGACCAAUCAAUAAUAACAAUAGCAAUUCAACGAUAGAAAAAGUUUCAACAACACCUACCGUUAAAUCACCGAAAUCAUUAACUAAACCAUCGAAAUCAAUAUACGAUAACAAAGAGAAUCAAACCGAGAACAUAGGUUAUCUAGUUAGAAAAGCAAAGAAUCAAACAAAUGAAAGAAAGAGAAAGAGUAUGGGUGUAAGUUUUGCAGAGACUGUUGAAAUUAGAGUAUUCGAAAAGAUGGAAUCAACUUUAUCGACCAAGAAGAAUCAAUCCAAGAGACAGAGUACCGCUGCAAUGAAAUCCAGUCAACAAUCACAACCAUCUCCACAAAAUCAAUCACCUGAUUCUGCUGAAAAUAUCGUUGAAAAAGUUGAAAAUCAAAUUGAUAAAAUUGAAGUUGAAAAUAAUAAUAAUAUUAUAGUAAAUAGUAAUAAUAAUAAUAAUAACAAUAAUAUAGCAUAUAAUAAUAAAUCACCUUUUGGUACUAUUGAUGAAGAAGAAGAGGAUCUAAACGAUCAAGAUGGAAUGACAAUGGAGUUCACUGCUACUUUUCCAGGUCGUAUCUAUGUACCGUUGAAAGAACCAAAUACCAACACUGAUGGUGACCAGGAAAUGUUUGACAUGAGCCAGUGUUCGAUGGAUACCAGCCAGAUUUCAGAGUUUGUAUCGCAAUCACCUGCACACAAGACAACCAAGAGAUUUGUUGACCAGUCUCCACGUGGCACCCAGGAGAAUCUUCCAUCGCUCCUGUCGUUGGCUGCCGAAGAAGAAGAUUUUGCCAAUGCCGCCAUCUUUAAGAAGCCAAUGACACCCACCAAUAAGUCUAUAUUGUCGUCCUCACCAGACUCUGACAAUGGAAGCAACGAUGGUGGUGGUUCGCCAAUUCCCACACUCACUGACCUCUAUGAAGAGGACAUGACUGGCAAUUUCAAGGAGAUCGUUGCCAGACUUGGAAAGGUGGAAUCUUCAGACGACGCUGAGGCCGAGACUGAGGUUGAGAGCCAACCAGAGGAACAAGAUCUAACUACCAAAUUCCACAUUGAAAAUGGUACUCAAGGUGCUGGUGGACGUCUUUUAAGUGUUCUCGAUGAUACCACUAUGGAUUUCAAAAUACCAACUAAACAAGAAAUUCAACAAUACCAAGAGCAACAACAAGGACAAGAAGAAGAGCAAGAGCAAGAAGAAGAGCAAGAAUAUCAACAAGAUCAAGAUGAUAUGUCAUUUACACAACCAGUAGGACAUAUUAUUCAAAUGGCAAAGAAUGCUGAAAGACAAACUGAUUUGAACCAAUCAAUUAACCAAUCAAUGAACCAAUCUAUGAACCAGUCAAUGUGUGAUGAUAUGACUAUAACAAAAUCAUUUGGUGAGAUUCUAAUGGUUGUAAAGAAGAGAAUGUCAUUGAAAUCCAACAACAAUAAUACUAGUAUUUCCAAGUGGGAUGUCAAUGAUGAUGUUACCAAUAACUUAAAGUGUUUAACUACACCCACCAAAACCAUUGUUAUCGAUCAUUCUACACUACUGGUAAACCCACAGGAUCAACCACAAGAACCUCAGCCAAUUCAAAUACAACCAACAUCGCACGUUUUCUAUCAUUCCACUACAAAUAAUCCUUUGGCAGAGUCAAUGGUUACCAAGACACAGACCAACAGUGAUUUCCAACAUUUGAAACAAUAUACUUGCACUCCUUCUUUUACCAACUACGAAGGUGAGGAUUCUUUUGUCUAUGGCAAGCUUAAUUUCAACCGUAGCAAUAUAUCCGAUGCCAAGAAUGGAUUGGUUCGUCCAUCGCCCCAGACCGAUGGUAGUGUCUUCCAGAUUCCAGCCCCAAAGUCAAAUUUCCCCAACACCCACCAAGCAGUAGGACCAGCUAUUCCAUCAAACUCGUCAGCCACUGCCGUCCCACAACAAGAGAAGCCAAAGAAUAUUCCACGUUUCGACAAUGAGUUGGAUGGUUCUCUCUACAGUAUUGUUGGUUCCAAGCAGUUUGAUGCUAACAACAUGUCUGUGCGACAAUCAUCCAUGAUGAUCGAAGACUUGAUGUCACUCAGAGAGACUUCCUCCAGCUCCAUCAAGAAGAUCACAUUUAAUGAAUUCCUCUACCUUUCAAACUGCCGAUUCUUGGAUGAUCCAUCUUCCAAGUCAAAACGUCCAUCUCUUGUCGGAAUGUUGGUCAACAACACCGACGAGAACGACGGUACCGAUCUCCGUAGCCAGCUAGUAGCCGCCUACUGUUACAACCGCCAAAAUGUCACAUUCCGUGCUGGCUACGAUGAAUUGAAGGGAAUGAUCACAUCGAUCAACGAAUUCAAUCGUCUGGCCGAAGAGAAGAUGAAUCAACAGAAUCCACCUAUUUUCGCAUUGAUUCAACGUUCCACCAAAGACGAUCUCAUCAGCAAGCAACAUCUCUUAAAGAAGAUCAAAAACUCAACAAAGCUUUCAACUCAGAGCACCUAUAUUCAAUGGCGAUGUGAAUUGGAGCGAAAGGUCAGCAGUGAGCUUACACUCUCCAAACAACAGUUGAGUGCCGACCUUGCUGCACUAGCUGAGCGUAUCGAACAGACCAAAAACACUGAGCACCAGUUGUUGAUGGAAUUCCAAUAUCUAAAGAAUCAUCAACACCAACAGGAACUCCAGAAGCAAAAGCUCUCAGAGAAAAUUGCCAACAAGACCAAUGCAACCGAUCAAAAGUUGGUCAAUCAACUCAACGACGAACACAAUCGUGUAGCUCAACUCACCAAUGUUUCACAUUGGACUGUUCUCCAGUGUUCUACCAACUCGAUCUCUGUCCAGUAUCAAUCUCAAUACAUUAGAUACUCGAUUAACUUUAACUUAUUGUCGACCAACAACAAUGUAGUUACCUCCACCAAAUUCUCAAUGUCACCAUUGAUCUGCCAGAACAAUCCAAUCUCAAGACUAGAGUCAGAGUUGGUUGGAAAGUUACAGUUGGAAAAGAGUGUACUCUCAAAGAUUACCACUUCCAAAGCCAUCCGUGAAGCAAUGACAACCGUAUCAAUUGCAAUCAGUCGUGUUGAAAGACUAUGCCAAGAACUCAAGCAAUUGGAAACACUCUACAAUCUGCGCAUCAUUCCAUUCAGCAACACACCACUUACCUCUAGUAGCCAAGGUUUCGCUUAUUCAUCAGAGUCCAAGUCGCUAAUGUUGGAAAUUCAAUUGUCUAAUUCCAAACUCUAUAGAAAGUUACUGUUACGUCUGCAUGUUCCAGUCUCCUAUCCAAGUGGCAACAUUGAAUACAGUUUCAAAUCGCUGAUUGGCAGUGUUGAUUCCAAAGAGGUUUCAGAGAUUAUCAACUACAACUGUUUCGAUAACCAGAGAAAAGGAAAACUUUCAAAGACCAUUCAAUCUUUGGAUUCUCUACUCUCUGAAUAG